GAAAACACCGGCUGAAGCAAUGGGAGCCUUUGGAGUGUUAAUAGGGAUUUUACAGUACGCGGGACUUUACAUUCAACUUAACGCAGCGCUCAACGUCGGGCACGGCGAGGUGGACAAUCAUGUCUCUGGAAAUGCUCUUUUUACAGAGGUGCCACACGACAUCACGACGCAGAGCGGUGAGGAUGUAGAGAUGGCUUGUUCCUUCCGUGGGGCAGGCUCUCCCUCCUACUCCCUGGAGAUCCAGUGGUGGUACAUCAAGGACCACAGAACCUGGCAAGAGAAGUCACCCCAGAUCACUAAUUAUGUUGUACCCCUGGAGCAGACGUCCAGAGAUGCCACCAAAAUUAGCGUGGUAAAAGUGGCCGGCAGCAACAUCUCCCAUAAGCUCCGUCUGUCCAGCGUCAAGCCAUCAGACGAGGGCACAUACGAGUGUCGUGUCAUCGACUUCAGCGGCACCGUGGCGCAGCACCACCGGGUUCGCGCCUACCUCCAGGUGGAGCCAGAGAGGAGUCAGGGGCUGGAUGACGUCCAGCUGCAGGAGCCUGGACACCGGUCGCACGGGAACCACCCGCACCCCCACCACGAGACAGAGGGCAGGGAACUGAAGAGGAGAUCAGCUGGCAGCACCACUGACUGUAAUGAGAGCUGUGUGCUGUAG